CUCUUUUCUUCUUCUCUUCACUCUUCUUCCACUGCGCGCUGACGCCUCGACUCGGCCAGCCACACGUCUCACUGCAACGCCUGCCUAAUCCCAGCAGCUGCAUCGCCCAGCUUUGCGACAGCCCCCGAAACCCAGCGCUCAUCCAUCACUUCACAUUCUCCCACAGUCAUGGCGUCCUACGGAAGCGAUCCCGAGGAGGACGAGGAGGAUUUCAAUCCCGCACCUGAAAUUGACGAGGACGACAUCGCCCCAAGCAACAAGGCGUCGCGCAGGGCUGCCGCCGACGAUGACGAGGAUGAUGAUGAUGCGCCAACCAUGACGGGCAACGACGACGAGGACGAAGAAGGCGGUGGCAUCGAUGUCGACGAUGACGACGACGAAGAGGACGACGAAGAGGAAGAAGACGAGGACGACGAAGAUGUUGUCGCCCGACCCGCCAAGCGGAGAAAGAAGGCGAAGCGCAACAUGUUCAUUGAUGUCGAGGCCGAAGUCGACGAGGACGAAGAAGAAGAGGAAGAGGGCGACGACGAAGGUGUCGAUGAAGUCCACCCCGACGAUCUCCUCGAGCCCACGGGCGCCGACCUCGACGACCGCCACCACCGAGAGCUCGACAUGCGCCGCGAAGUCAAUGCGCAAAGAGAUGUCGAGGAAAUCGCAAAAGAGUUUGACGAGAAAUACAGGCGGAGAGAAAUGCAGAGCGCUCGUCGUGGUGGUGCAGGUGCUGUGCCUCUGGCCCUGCCUACCGUCGACGACCCGUCUAUUUGGGGCUGCAAGUGUCGGCCUGGAAAGGAGCGCGAAAUUAUCAUGGCGAUCCAAAAGCGCCUCGACGACAAGAUUCGCGCCAAUCAGCCCGUGCAGGUCUACUCGGCCUUUGAACGGGGCCCGACAGGACCGCAGUCUGGUUUCCUCUACGUGGAAGCCGACUCAAGGCAGGCUGUGGUGGAGCUCAUUGAGGGCAUCCAAAACGUCUUCAUGGGCUCUGGGCAGUUCUCCAUCCCCCCCAAGGAGCGCCCGGAUCUUCUUCGAAAGAAGAAGCGUGCGCCGCUCGAAGUCGGAAAGUUUGUACGAAUGCUGCGGCCACCUACCUACAAGGGUGAUCUUGCAAAGGUCGUCGAGGUGUCGACCAACGGCCUCGACUGUGUCGUGCAACUCGUCCCGCGUCUGGACUAUGGCCUGAACGACGAUACAAAUGCUGCUGCGGACAACAAGCGCAAGCGAGGCUUCUUUGGACGGCAAACCGAGCGUCCGCCUGCGAAACUGUUCAACGAGGCCGAAGCGAAGAAGCGACACAUGAAGCAUCUCAGCAUGACUGGAUCUGGCAACCAGAGAGCCUACACAUACAAGGGUGAAGACUACCAGAAUGGCUUUUUGAUCAAGGAAGUCAAGGUCAACUGGGUCAGCACUGAAAAGGUCAACCCCAGGAUGGAGGAACUGCAAUUCUUCGCGAUCCAGAACGCCGAUGGCACAGAGACUAUGGAUCUGCUAGCGGUCCAGGCUGCCCAAAAGGCCGCCGACUCUGGAGCUGCCUUUGCUGCAGGCGACAACGUUGAGAUCUACACCGGCGAGCAAAAGGGCAUCCGCGGUACGACUGUCACCGUGACAGGUGACAUUGUCACACUCCGAGUGAGCGAGGGCGAGCUGAGGGGCAGAAGAAUUGACGCGCCCGUCAAGACACUGCGCAAGCUGUUCCGGGAUGGUGACCACGUCAAGGUCAUUGGCGGAAGCAAAUAUGUCGAUGAGGUUGGUCUUGUCACAAGGAUCAAGGACGAUAAGAUCACCUUGCUCUGCGACUCGACCCAGCAGGAGAUUACAGUCUUUAGCAAGGACCUGAAGCGUGCUGCUGAUUCGGCAAACGUUGGUGCCGACUCCAACUUUGACCUCUACGACUUUGUGCAGAUUGAUGCUUCCACAAUUGGUUGCGUUGUCCGCGUCGAUCGCGAAGUCUUGCGAAUUGUUGAUCAACAGGGCGAUGUCCGUACCCUCCUCCACACCCAAGUGUCACAGAUUGUCGGUCGAAACAAGCACGCCGUAGCCACCGACCGCGACGGUUCCGAGAUCAGACACGAGGACGAUGUCAAGGAACACGGGGGCGAAGGGCGCCAAGGCAAGGUUCUAUACAUUCACCGGGGCACGCUCUUCGUGCGGAACCGCGAGCUGGUCGAGAACCAAGGUAUCUUCGUGGUCCGCAGCAACAACGUCGUCACCAUGGCAGCAAAGAGCGGUCGUGCUCAGGCGCAAGGCCCAGAUCUCAGCGGCAUCAACCCUGCGCUCAAUGCAGGCAACGGAAACGCGAAUGCCAUGCCACCGCCUCGAGCUUCGUUUGGCCGCGAUAGGCUGAUUGGCAAGACGGUGAUGAUCCGCAAGGGUGCCUAUAAGGGUCUGCUAGGAAUCGUCAAGGACACCAUGAACGACGAAGCCCGCAUCGAGCUGCACACCAAGAACAAGCAAGUAUCGGUGAAGAAGGAGCUCCUCACGGUCAAGGACCCCAUUACCGGCGCCAACAUGGACAUUGGAGGCAAGUUCCCCAACCGGUCACGAGGUGGCCACUCAGGUGGCCAGACGAGCUACGGCGGUGCAGCUGGCGGACGAACUCCGGCCUGGGGCAGCUCUGGCGCUGGUGGUCGCACACCUGCGUGGGGCGGCAGUGGUGGCCGUACACCGGGCUGGGGAGGAAGCGGUGGUGCUGGCGGACGCACACCAGGCUGGGGCGGAGACGGCGGACGCACAGCCUAUGGAGGAGGGGAUGGCUCGCGAACUGCGUACGGUGGUGGUGAUGGCUCGCGAACGGCAUACGGCGGAGCAACGGCAUAUGGCGGCUCUACAUCCUAUGGCGGAGGAACGGCGUACGGCGGCAACGACGGCAACCGUACCUCAUACGGCGGCUUCAGCUCAGGAGGUCGCACACCUGCUUGGGGUGGCUCGUCAGGAAACACGGCCUCAAAGUCGGGUGGUCUGUCGGCUCCUACGCCUGGCGCAUACAACGCGCCGACUCCAGGUGCCUAUGCCGCUCCUACGCCUGGCGGAUAUGGUGCGUACUCUGCGCCGACACCUGGCGGUCCACCGAUGGAUGCUCCUACACCGGGCAACUACUCUGCACCGACACCUGGCGACACGUCUGGUCGAUAUGGGGCUGCCACGGCGCCUACACCGGGUGGCUGGGACGUAGCCACCCCGGCACCGAGCGGCGACCCUGGGUACGACUAGCGAGGGCCAUGUGUAAGAUUAAUGGAGUUUUUGAUAAGGGGGGGUUUCACACAAAACUGCACAGCAUGGGCCUUUGUUAUCAGCAGUCGCUCUCUUGUUUGGAUUUUUGGAUUUUUUUUACUGCAUUCUGGGAGUCAUAGAGUAGUACUAGGACAUGGCAAGUCUACAGUCGAAUCAAGCAUCC